UGUGUGUGUGUGUGUGUGUGUGUGUGUGUGUGUGUGUGUGUGUAGCCUACACCUUGUCUGGGUGUGUCUCUCUGUAAAAGCAGCAGGUUCUGCCGCAGGUUCUCUUCUGUGUUUCUGCUGGGAAGACUCGAACCGUCCAGGAUGGAUCUGCUCUCCUUGAACUCGUUGCUUUUUUUCUUAUUUCUACUUGGUUUCUGUGCAGGGAACAGUGUUCUUCCACCGGGUCCAAUGGACGUAGUUUUGGGGAAAAAUUUGACUAUUAAAAUCACGGUUACGAAAAACCCAGGGGACAUCGUAAUCUGGAAUUUCAACGAUGGAAAGAAUCAAAAUAAUAUUGCUACUUUGCGUCCAGACAACACUGUAAAUGUGGGUGAUGCCUACAAAACCAGAGGGGUUUCUGUGGACCCAAACACCGGGUCCCUGACCGUGACCUCCCUAAAGAAAGAAGACAGCGGGGACUAUAGCGUCACCUUAUUACAGUCUGCUGCUACUGUAACCGGAGACGUUCUAGUCCGGGUUCUGGUGCCGGUAUCUAAUGUGGUCAUCAAGUCUGACCUGUUUGAAGCCAUUGAGUACAACAGCACCGUGGUCCUCACGUGCUCGUCCUCAGGCUCCUACCUGACAUUCACCUGGACCAAUGGCACCACGCCCAUUGUCUCUGACGGCAAACGACUGACCGUGGUCGAUACUCCACCAUCAACGGACGGAGGUUCCAGUAAGCUGACCAUCACAGGUGUCCUCAGGUCUGAUCUGGUUGGGCCCAUUACCUGCACUGCUAAGAACACCAUGGAACAAGCCACAAGUCCUCCCUUCAACCUCACAGUUUAUUAUGGCCCUGAUGAUGUCACUAUAAGUCCCCUGAAACCCAGCGAUUACAUCACGUCCAGCUCUGACUUCAACCUGACCUGUGCAGCCCCCUCCUCUAGCCCGCCUGCCACCUUCACAUGGUACCACAACAAGGACGAAAUCAAAGCGAGCGGUCCCGUUCUUACCCUGAAAACCAUCGAAGCACAGGGGUUUGGAAAAAAUUACGCAGACUACACCUGCAGAGCUCAAAAUGCCAAAACCCUGCGUGCCGUUGCUUCUCCUGCUGUUAGAUUCUCUGUGAUGGAACCUAUUUCAGAUGCUAAAAUCUCCGGCCCGACUGGUAUCCUCAUCGCCGGCAACAGUUCGGCCAACGUCAGCUGCCAGGCGACGUCAGGCAACGUGACCCAAAUAAGCUGGAUAAAAGAUGGCACACCUCUGUCUGAAAACUCUAGGAUCAUGUUCUCCAGUGACAAGAGUUCCCUUUUUAUCAGUGUGCUACAGAAGGAGGACAAUGGAAACUACGUCUGUAAGCUCCGCAACUCUGUCAGUGAAAAAGAAGCUUCCUACAAGAUGGCAGUCAGCUUUGGUCCUGAACCAUUUAAGGUGGAAGGUAAAGAUGAAGUCAAGAUCAGUACCGAGGUGGUGCUCAUCUGCUCUCCCCCAUCCACCCCACCUGCCAACAUCACCUGGAAGUUAAAUGGCACACUGCUCAACGUCAAAACAAAUAAGUUAGUCAUUGAAAAUGCUUUGUACAAAGACUCCGGGACGUACACGUGCGAGGCGUUCAAUCCUGUCACUGGCAAGACCACCACUUCCACUCACACGCUCAGUGUAAAAGAGGAGAUCAUUGAAGGUCUCUCAGACGGAGCCAUUGCUGGAAUCGUCAUUGCCUGCCUUGUUGCAGUGGGAGCAUGCCUCGCCUUGUUCUUUUACUGUCGACAGAAAGUACCGGUCCGGCCUUCAGCAAAACAAGCUAUCAGACUUGAGUCACCAUAUUAAUGACAGCCCGGCACACUGCUGGUCCAAACAUCACAUCAUUUUAUUUCCCAUGAUCCACUUGUGCGGCCAGGAGGAGGCACAUGGGCGGAUCUGUCUGGUUUCCUGUGCAAGACUUGUCUGACCUGCUUUUCCAUCUCACCUCUGUGUCUCCUGCUGACGAGGACGCUGGGAAUCAGAAUUAACCAAAGCAACGGAACGUCAGGAUUUGGACUGUGAGCGGUUAUUUUAAACACACCUAUUUACAAUUUAUUAAUUUUUUUCCCCUAAUUUUAACGCUGGAUUGCAUCCUUUUUUUUAAAUUUUAUUUUGUUUUUGGCCCUUCCACAUGUUGUUGAUGAACAUUACAGCUUCAGUUUUUUUGUUUUGCCUCUUCUGUUUUCUUGAAGAAACCCAGAACACAGAAAACGUGUGCUACUGAGACUUGUCUUAGACUAAAGCUGAUGGAGUGAUGAUUGUGAUGAGUGACUUGUCUUUAUCCUGCUGGAAACCUGAGGAAAACACACACACACACACACACACACACACACACACAAAGUAACACCAAACGACUGUGACCUUAUACGUGCAUGAAUGAUCACAACCAUAGAGCCCACACAAGUAGACAAUCAGAUACCCUGGUUUGAAAUAGAGUAGGAAACAAAAGAAGAGGGGCUUUGAUAUAUCUCACUGCCGGUGCCAGGUGGGCGGAGUUUCCUGAUAAGGAAUGCUUCAAAAGCAGCAGAUAAUUUUAAAGUUCACGUUUAGAUUUUUAGUUUUUUUUUUUUGUAAAGAGCUUUAUUGGUGGUCACUUGGAUCAAUGAUACCUCAGUUUGUUUGGUGCUGACCAUUUCGAAAAGUUUCUGGCGUACCUGAGUCCACACUGCCAGGUGUUUAUUUUGUUUGUUUUGCAUUAAAGGUCAUUACAAGUAGACAGAUAAAGUGUAUUUACCUUUUUAGUUCCCUGAAUCAUUCUUUAUCAUCUUUUUUACACAAGAUCGCCAAAUUAUCUUAAAGUGAAAUCACCAUAAAAGUCCUGAGCAAAGACACAACCCGACUAAAGAACUCCCAUGAGAAAAUCCAURAAAUCCAAUCAAACUAAAAAAAACAGAAUUUGACACUGAAGAUGUUUGCRUUCAAGUAUAUGUUGUUACUUUUAAAACUUUUUAUUUAUUUUGUAUAAACACAGGUUCAAGCAGGAUGGCUACGAUAUGGUUCCAACGCUUUUUUUUAAAUAAAAGAACUUUGGCGGCAUGUUUCGUUUACUUUUUUAAGUUUUUCGUUCUUCAAUAUAUAUGCUAGUAAAGAGCAGGCGACUAGAAAUAAUACGGUUUCUUUUUCUCAUGAAGAGCUUUCGUCAAGCUCGACCGGCAGCCUGUCAACAUGCUGCUGCUUUCAUUUUGCACUUUUAGGCAUCCAAAUAGAAAAUACACUCAGUCCCCGGUUAGUUUUAGUUGAAACAAAUGAAAAGUUGUCUUUAACGAAGGUUAGAACUGUCCCCAGAAUAAAAAAACAAAUAAAUUAAUCACUCUUUGGUCACUGCUUUCUUCCUCCAGUAUUAGCUCGAAUAAUCAUAUUUGAGAAAAACUGGGAAUAAUACACACUUAGUAUUUCCAAACAAGUGUCCUGUUGUAAUCUUUGCUGGCCUCCUAGGUAUUUUUUUCUGUUCUAUGUUUUGUCUUUACCGGCUUGUUAGUAGUUGAGGCCCCUCCCUGUUUUUUUUUUUUUUAAUCAUCCUGUCAUCCCAGAAACGCAGGAGAGCGCAGAGCGAAGAGGAGGGCAAGGUUAAGUAUGGCAGACAAGAAUGAGCACGCAGGGCGGCGGUGAUCAGCGUGUGAGCAGGAAGGYGUUUGAGAUUUGGAGGGAAAAGUUCGAUGAGCUUUUUUGAGACUAAAUGAUAAAUUGGAGGUUAAAAUGUACUUUUUUUUCUUGUGAAAAUGAACACUUGUUAUUUUGAAGUUCAGCUUUCAGCCGACUCAAACACCUCCUUUUGAGUAUUCUGCCAUCAGCCUCUUUUUUUUCCAACUCUAAGUGGUGUGUGUGAUCUCAGACUUCAACGUGCACUGAUGUCCAGUAAAAAAAAAAAAUAAUAAAAUAAAAUAAAAGGAGAAAAAAGUAUUUAUUUGUUUAGUUAAAAAUAACAUUAUAAAAACUGGAGCUGAAGAUCAUAAAGCUUGUCAGCAGAUCACACAUUCAGAGGAGUUUUUAUUUUUUUUCUUCAGUUUUCAYGCAAAAAUCAAGCUGAAUCUUUAAAUGUCGAAAAUAUAUUGAAGUCUUUAUUUUGGGAUGAUAUAAAGCACAGAAUGUAUUAAUAACAACGUGUAGAUAUGUGAUUGUGUUGUCCUAAAUGAGACGUGUUCAUAUAUUUUUAACACAAGAGAAACUGCCCUGAUUGUAAAUAUAGUGAUACACAGCUUACAUUUAUUGUUGUUUUUUAAUGAUACAUGYGGGGUUUAAUUUUUUUGUUAUGAAUGAUUACUUUCAGAAAUGUUUAUUAAUGUUUACAGAUUUUUAUGUUUUGUUAAAAUUUGUGUAAAACUGAUAAAAGUUCAAAUCUGCCAGCUGRAAUCCAUCUCAUUACAGCCAUGUACUGUAAGCCUAUUUUCUGCUAAUUUUGAAUGUUCAUUGCAUUUUUUUUUCUGUCCCAUAUGUUACGGCUGAGACUUUAUUUUACGCAGUUUUAAACACAAUGAGGCUCUGUGUGUCUGUUCAAACCGUCCAAUCACAGCGUUCGCUUGUGUGCGCAUGUCAGAGUGACCUAACACAGGAGGAGUGUUAUGUGUUCCCACUUGUCAUGCCUGGAUGUCUUUUUGACACAUUUUAAACACACUCMGGUGAAACUAUCUGUCUUAACAAGUUGCCUUGCUUCAGCUUGAGCCUGAAACUUSUCAGAAAUAAAAUCCAAAGAAACGAUCAGUUCCAGUGGAAGUGAAGUUAUUUUGCUUCAUGCUGAUCAGACUGUGCAUUUGUUGUUUUUGUCUUUAUGAUUAAACUCUUGGCUGUUUUGACUAAAGCUUUAAA